ACCGUCUGCGUUCUAUCGCCGGCUUACUUUCAUACCCAGAGAGGAACGUUGAAGUAGAAUGCUUCAAUGUGACCUAUCUAUAUCUUGUGUACAUUUUGUCUUUUUCCCUCAGUGAAGCCACACAAGGACGAGAGGAGCAGCUAUGAGUUCAACAGCAGCGAGCGGUUUUCUGGUCUUCCUUCUGUCUGUGCCAGUAAUGCAGGGUCAGAACUGGAGAGUGACCUACAAUCCUACUGAGACCUGUGUUUUAAAGGGCUCAACAGUUGAAAUAAGCUGCACCUACAGAUACCCAUCCAGGAUAAAUGUCCGUGAUACUGCAGUUGAAAAAACAAUCUGGUUUACUCGAGUUAGUGAUCGUGAGCCUGUGGAUCUGAGAGCAGACUCGGAGUAUUCAGGCCGUGUGCAGAACCACUGCAGUAAGAACAGCUGCACUCUGACAAUCUCAGACCUGAGAGAGAGGGACUCAGCCGAGUACAAGUUCAUGUUCACAACAAACCAAUCAGGUGGGAGUGUUGCUGGUGAACCUGGAGUCACUUUGUCAGUCACAGAUCCCGAUCUACGGGUUGAGGUGAAACCAGUAGUCCACCAGGGUUAUACCAAGGCAGAGCUGAGGUGUCACAGCGCUUGUCGUCUCCCUGAUCAUCCUUCCUACAUCUGGUACAAGAAGGGACAAGAAAUUGAGGCAGAAACAGCUUCUUUUACAAUCUACUUUGAGUGGUCAGACAGCUUUUCCUGUGCUCUUAAAGGACGGGAGGACUUCCCUUCUCCUCCAGUGUAUGGUCCAAAGCUUCCCUCUGUGUCAGUGAGUCCCUCUGCUGAGAUAGUGGAGGGCAGUUCAGUGACUCUGACCUGUAGCAGUGAUGCUAACACAGCAGCUAACUACACCUGGUACAAGGAGAACCAAACAUUGGCCAGUCCACUUCAUGGACCAGAAGACAUCUACCAUUUUCCCUCCAUCAGCUCCAAGGACAGAGGGAACUGCCACUGCAAGUCUGAGAAUCAGCAUGGAGAGUUAUCCUCUAAGUCUGUAUUUAUAGAUGUUCAGUAUGGUCCAAAGCGUCCCUCUGCGUCAGUGAGUCCCUCUGCUGAGAUAGUGGAGGGCAGUUCAGUGACUCUGACCUGUAGCAGUGAUGCUAACCCAGCAGCUAACUACACCUGGUACAAGGAGAAUGAAGACUCACCAAAAGCAUCAGGACAGAUCUUCACCAUCACUGAUGUUAGACCUGAACACAGUGGGGAUUAUUCCUGUGAAGCCCAGAACAGAAGAGGACGUCAGAGCUCCACCUUACAUCUGACUGUUAUAGCAGGUAAGAUUUAUUUUUAA